AACAUUUUUGCAUGUUUCUGGAAGAAAAUUCCCUUAAAUCAAGAUUAAAAUCUGCUUUGCCUAUAUUUGCCUUUAAUCAGUAUCAACUGGAACGUGUACUCUGCACUUUGAAUUGCCCUGGGGCUGUUAUACACAUGAACUUAUCUUGCCUUCAUUGAAACAUCUUUCAAAGACAUAUGAAACAACUCCAACUUCUAUACAUAAGCAUAAAAGAGCUAGCAGUUACAGACAUAACUGUUUCAACUAUUUCUGGUUUCCAUGCAAAACUCAUGCGGUUCUAUUUUCACACAUGCGCAGAAGAGCCUUGCACUCAGCCGGACUGUCACUAGUGACCGGGAGUGUCACAACGUUAGCUUGUCUGCUAAAUUCAGGCUUUACAAACCCCUUGCCGUUGGUGUUUAAUAAGUGUUGUACUCUCCUCUUGACUGUCUUCGUGAGGACAUGUUUCUUCGACAGGUUUGUUUUGUGCGGCUCUUAUAAUAUACUCCCGAAACUAUUUAUCGGCAGUGAACGGACCGUUAGCCAACGUGGAGCUGAAGCAGCUAGCGACACAGACUUAGUUUGUGGUUCUGACGUUUAAACCUUUGAACGUUCGUGGUGUAGUGUUACAGGACGAGUCCACACUCCACGUUUUUGAGGACGCACCGGCUGUGGACACCUCCCCUAACCUUGUUGUCCACUUGAGGACAGAGAGAUUUGAUACAGUUGCAGUGAACCCAAAACCACUGACCAAGUUUCGUGCAGCAGAAAGAAGGAAGAUCCAGGUUAUCUGACUGAAACCUUAACCUGCCAGGACAUGUGAAGGUUGAAAAGAAGGAUUGUGAAAAGGAGAAUACCAAGUGGAGUGACUGAGGAUGGAUGAGAUGAUGAAGGUUGAAGCAGAUGAUCCUGUAGGAAUCAGCUUGCAGCGCCCCGUACCUGCAGGGUCGACAUCAGAACUGGAGGAGGAAACACAAGAUGGCAAAGAUAUCGUCUAUCAGAUGGUGGUGAUUAAAGAAGAGUUUCCCUAUGACUGGGGCUCCGGUUUGGACCAGCAGGAUACAAACUCUAACGAGGCGGCAGUUUGCCUCUGUCAGGAUGGAGAAGUGCUUACUGUGAAAAUUGAAGAUGAAGAGAAGCCUGACCUAUCAGAACUUUGUCAAUUUAAAACCAAAGACAAAAGAGACACACAAUCUCAGAACAGCAGUUUAUCUAAACAGAUGGAAACGAACCCUGAUGGAGGGGACCGUGGAGGACCAGAACCAGACAGAAAUGUAGAUCCGUUGUGUUUCUCUACACAAGACCAAGAAAAAGUUUGCAAACGAGGUAAAAGCUCUGAACCGUCUCUGAAACUUGGGAGUCAGAGUGGAGUUCAUGCCAGAAAGAAAACAUUUGAUUGCAAUUUUUGUGGUAAAAUAUUUAAACAUAGGACUUCUGUUAAAUUACACAUGACGAUUCACAGUGGAAAGUUAGAACACAGCUGUUAUCUUUGUGGGAAAGGAUUUAGAGAAAAGAGUUCUCUUAAAACUCACAUGAUGCUUCACACCGGGGAGAAACCAUUUGCAUGUGAUGUUUGCUGUAAAAAAUUUCCUACAAAGGCAAAUCUGAAAACUCACAUGAAUGUCCAUUCAGAAGAAAAACCUUUUUCAUGUGAUAUUUGUGGUGCAAUAUUUAAGGUAAAGGAAAGUCUUAUAAACCACAUGUGGAUCCACACCACAGGAAAACCGUUUGUUUGUAGUGUUUGUAGUAAGGGAUUUUCACGCCAAGGAAUCCUAAACAGACACAUGCGCAUUCACACAGUAGACAAACAGUUUAUUUGUGGUGUUUGCAGUAAAGGAUUUUCCCGGCAAGGGAAUUUAAAGAGUCACAUGAAUGUUCACACAAGUGAGAAAUUGUUUAUUUGCAGUGUGUGCAGUAAAGGAUUUUCUGAACAUAGGUGCUUAAAAACUCACAUGCGCGUUCACACAGGAGAGAAACCAUUUAUAUGUGGUGUUUGUAAUAAAGGAUUUUCCCAACAAGGGAAUCUAAAAAUUCACAUGCGUGUUCACACAAGUGAGAAACCAUUUACGUGUAGUGUCUGCAGUCAAGAAUUUUCUUUAAAAGUGAGUCUAAGAGCUCACAUGUGUGUUCACACAAAAGAGAAACCAUUCGUUUGUAGUAUUUGUAGCAAAAUAUUUUCAUGGAAACGGAGCCUAAAAAAUCACAUGCGUGUUCAUACAGGUGAGAAACCGUUUAUUUGUAGUGUUUGUAAUAAAGGAUUUUCACAGAAAGAGACCCUAAAAAGUCACAUGCGUGUUCACACAGGUGAGAAACCGUUUUUUUGCGACGUUUGUAGUAAAGGAUUUUCUCUAAAAGCGAUCCUAAAAACUCACAUGCGUGUUCACACAGGCGAGAAACCGUUUAUUUGUACUGUUUGCAGCAAAGAAUUUUCACAGAAGGAGACCCUAAAAAGUCACAUGCGUGUUCACACAGGUGAGAAACCGUUUGUUUGUGACAUUUGCAGUAAAGGAUUUUCUCUAAAAGGGAAUUUAAAAAGUCACAUGCGUGUUCACACGGGCGAGAAACCGUUUACUUGUGAAGUUUGUUGUAAAGGAUUUUUACAAUCCAGAACUCUGAAAACACACAUGGCUGUUCACACCGCACAGUUUAGCUGCAGUGAGUGUGGCAAAAAUUUUGUAAAGGAGAUACAGCUGGAGCGACACAUGCGACUCCACUCUGAGGAGAGACCAUUUGGUUGUGAUGUCUGUAAAAACAGAUUUAAUUACAAGCGCUGUCUUGAAAGACACAUGAAACUCCAUUUAGGAGAGAAACAGUCCAUGUGUGGUGUUUCCUGUGAAGCAUUUUCACAACAUGAAGUUCUGCAGAAACACGUCAAUAUUCACGAGGGCUGAAACUAACAAUUAUGACAACAGUCGACUAAUCUUUUCAAGAUUUUCUGGGUGCUCAAUGAUAAUUUCAAUUUGCAGCUUUCUGUUUUUUAAUCCACAAUGGUAAACAUUUUGCUCCACAUUCUCCCUUGUCUGUACAGCUGUGAAUUUCAUCUCAAUGGUCAUGCACUUUCACAGAAAUUCAGACUUGAGUGGUGAACUUCAAAAUGUUUUUUCUUAGAUCUCUUGCUCCUGUUGAACAUCUGAAACACUGGAGACGACUCAGUCCUGAACUUUUUUCUUUGAUUACAAUUUAAGGUUUCCAGUGUAAUCUGUAAUUUCUCAAUCCUUCACUUUAUUUAGGAAGAUGCAAGGAAGUACAUUUUAAUGCUUUGUGACAUAUGAAAGUAUGAUAUUAGGUCAACCAUAAAAACUACAAAAAAACAAACAAACCCUAAAUAAGCAGGUUCUCAGGUACUUGAAAUGGGACUGAUCGUUGAAUUAUUCAAAAAGAAGGGAAUGGAUCAUCUUGGUUUGUUGACUUAUCU